CAGCAUAUGUGUCCAAUAGCCGCUACUGCUCUGCGAGAUUUGGCACGACGAGCGUUUGUGAUCCGGCUGCGUGAGUGCAUUCCUGUUGAGGAGCGGCUCCAAAUUAUGUCAGCAAUGCUAGCUCGCGUGGUGCCAGACUUGGAUGUCGAGUUUUUUCAGUGGGAACCCUUUCGCCCGACAUGGUUGUCCAUGUAUGCGACGUCGUGGGCCCAAAAGCAAGCGGUGAACAGCGCUGGUCGGCUCUUUAUUCCUUUCGUGUGUAUGGAUGCAGCAG